AUGAGAUAGUUCAAUACUUAGUAGUCAUAGAAAAAAGUAGAUGAAGUCUAUUAGAGUGCAUAUAAUGACCCCUCAUUUGACAAAACUGACUUCUAAAGGAAAUUUGAUAUGGCUUAGCCCUCAAUGAAUGAAUAUUUCGAUAAAAAGAUUAAAAUAUAUGGACUGGCUGAUGGUUAGUUCCUGAUUAAUCAUUACUGGGUAUCAGGCUCUGUGAUUCUGUUCCCUAAGAGAUUUUACAUGUGGAAUAUUAUUGACCCCUUAGAAGUAAAACCGCACACACUUGAGGUCUUAAACUUUGUGAAGCCAAGACCUGACUAUUUGAUCAUAGGUACUGGUGAGAAAAAUCUCAACUUAGAUUUCUCAUUUUACGAGCAUUUUAGGAGAAUGGGUAUAACUGUUGAUACAUGUCCUACUUUUGAAGCAUGUAGUACAUUCAAUAUGUGUAAUGAAGAUGAUUAUAAUGUCGCUUGUGCUCUUGUCGCUCCUCAAAUCUCAGAUGAAAAAGGCUAGAAUAAAUUGCCUCAACUUCAAGCUGAUUCUAAUGAACAUAGAGAACCAAGACACAAUAACUUAAUUAAGUGA